AUGGUCGAAGAAGUAUUACAGAAUGCAACAAUUGAUGAAGUAAAUCAACAGGAUGACAAAGAACGGAGUGUCGAUCCGUCAUAUUCAUUGAAUGAGCCAGCAAUGAUGGAUACAUCAAACAGAGAACAACAUACGAAUGUUGUCGAUGAUGCAACACUACAAACAGUUCUUAGUUCAGUGACAAAGCCAGAAGUGAAUGAUUUUCUCGAAGAACUCAAUAAAACAGGCAAGACUUAUUUACCCAGUAUUGGUCAAACUAUUGAAUUAUUAACUGUACCUUCUUCUCCAGAAACAUCAACAGUAUCAUCCACUGUAUCUAUUCUACCUUCACCGCAAGUUUCUCAAAUAUCUGCUGAAAUUCUUCUUCAAGAAUUAACAUCACUUAUUCAACAGACACCUGCUGAUAUUGUACAUUUUGGUAUUGAACGCAAAUCUAUUCCACAAACAAUAGAUACGAAAUCAAGUAUUCAUAUUGGUUCAUUAAGAUCUCGUCAAACACAUACAGCUAAUAAUUUUGGUGGUACAUCUGUUAUUGGCGGUGGUGGUGGUGGUGGUAGUCAACCAGGCACAGCUGUUAAAUCAACAAUAACAUCUAGUGGAGGAGCUACCAUUCGUAAACCUUUACAGCAGCAACAACAACAAGCUAUUAAUGAUGAUCGAGUGUUUUUUGAACGGCCAACAACUGCUGGACAAGGACAAUAUCAUAAUCGUAUUGGAUUAAUGUCUAAUAAGCAACAAUCAAUAUCAUUAUCAUUUGAACAACAACGUCGUUUAACAUCCUCAAGCAAUUUUGAGCAUCAUUCUCAUCAACAUUUUUCUCAACGACGACCACUUUCUUGGUUUCAAAAUCGUUCUCGACAUCAUUCAUCCGGUGAUGAUAAUGGUUCAGAUCGUGAUUCAUCUCCUCCAUCGUACUCCAUGAGUGGUCAUGAUAAUUUAGGUCCAACACGUCGUUCAACACUUGUACCUAAACCAAAACAAAACGCUGACAUUGUUACAUUUCCAUUGUUGGAUCGCGAUGAACAUGGUAACCCAAUUCCUCCAACACCACCAUCCAUACCUUUAAACAACGGAGAAGAUGAUGAAGAUGACAUACCUUAUCGUUUAAUGGAUUAUCCUCGCCCACCACAACAAUCUCAAAAUGUAAAUUCAAAUUCAUUACUACCAAUAGCAGGUGCUGGACUAGGACGAAAACCACGUACAGUAGCUGAAAUACGUGCAGCACCAAUAGCUAAUAAGAAAUAA